UCUCUAACACUCUCCUGUAAGCGUAGUCUGGGAACCAUGCCAGCUGGCGUGUGUGUUUUUUGAAUGAAUACCUGAUGAAGUUGGUGGAGGAAGGCGGGGGAGGAACCACUCGUGUGUGUGUGUGUGUGGUGUGUGGUGUGUGUGUGUUUGUGUAGUAGGGCAGAUCUCUUGCUCGCACUCCCAGGCCCUUGCAUAACACACGUUGGAACGCUGCAUGCAGGACUCCCUCCCUCUGUGUGUGUGUGUGUGUGAGUGUGUGUGUGUUUAGGGCAGACAGGGAACUUCCUGCUUGCUGCCAGGCUGUAAGUCAGGAGAGGAGAGCAGGCAGACAGAGUAGGGGACGUGGUGCAUGCAUACAUGAAUACACACACACACACACGCUCGCACCAAACAAGGGAGCAGUGUGGGAUUUUUCCACCAGGUUCCAGAGAUAGAGGGCAGAGAGAAAGGCAGAGAUAGAGUUGGCCCCCCGGGUGUUUUGUACGGGACGCGUUUGAGAGAGGUUGGGAGAGGGGAAGGGAGGGAGAGGAGGAGGAGGUUGCGAAGAGAGGUGGCUCAUAGUAUGCAGUGUGAUUGGGCUGCUCUGGACUCACUGGUUCCUGCUGCGCUCCAGGAGGCUUGUGCUCAGAGGGAAAUGAUUCCACAUGAAGUGUGCGCCCGGUGCUUCCUCUCCUCCUCCUCCUCUUCCUCCUCCUUCAUCUCGGCCUGCCGGCGUCACGCGCUCCUCCUCCUCCUCCCCCUGAGAGCCCCGUCCUCUGACAGACGCUGAGGCCACGACAGGACACGCCUCCAUCCCUCCCCCCCCCACCCCCAACCUCCACCCCGUUCCAUCCCUCCGGCCCUCCGUCUCUUUAUCCCCCUGCCCAGGGAAACCGGUCGGCUCUUUACCCUAAACCCCCGCCCCCGCUCCCCCCCCCCCCCCCAUCCCCCCCCCCACUCCCGGCAAGCCUCCUUUCGACUGAGGGAGAUAAAGAGAAAGGAAGAGAGAGGGGGUGGAAAGAAAGGAAGAGACAUAGAUAAGUGGGACAGGAAAAUUCUGUCCAUUUGAGGGAGAGAGAUAAAGACAGAGUGAGACAGAGAGCGAGAGAGAAAGAGAAAGGAAAAGAGAAAGGAUAUAUAGAGUAACGAAAAGAAAAAGAAAAAAGUUACGUUUGAAAGUCUGGGAAAGUCAGAAAGUAUUGUGUGUGUGAACAAUCUGAUAUACAGAGUGAGAGAGAGAGAGAGAGAGAGAGAGAGAGAGAGAGAGAGAGAGAGAGAGAGAGAGAGAGAGAGAGAGAGAGAGAGAGAGAGAAAGAGAGGGAGGUGAAGCUCCAGCGAGACAGACUCAGCAGGCGUGUAGACAGACAAAACCAGAGAGUCCACACAGGAUGAAGUCCAACCAGGAGCGCAGCAACGAAUGUCUGCCGCCCAAGAAAAGAGACCUGGCCUGCACCUUGCCCUCCGAGGAGCAGCGCCCCCUAGUGUCAGCGCCCGGCUGCGACAGCCAGCGCAGCGAGAACCUGGCCUGGUUCGCCAGCGUGGCUAGCGGACACAACAGCAGGCACGAGGGCGAAGGGCCGCGAGCCGGCGAAUCGGACGGCCCCCUGUACAAGCCGCUGGUGUCGGCCCUGACGGACGCCUCGUCGUCGUCCCGGGCGGCCGUCUCCUCGCUGUCGACCGUCUACACCUCGCCGCUCUCCCAGCACGGGGGCGGGACUAUACACUACACGCACCUGCCGUCCAGCCUGCAGUUCGUGACCCCGCCCUACGCCCCCGCGGCCCACGGCCCGUACGCCGGCUACGUCUCCUCUCAGCUCCUCCCCCCGCCGCCGCCGCCGCCCCCGCCCUUCGCCCCCGCGCCCUCCUCCCACAGACUGUCCGAGUCGCCCUCGUACCCCUCCUCCGCCCUCUCCUCCAAGAUGGACCAGGCCCGCUCCGCCGGCCGGGGCGCCUCCGACCCCCCGGGCGCCCAGCAGUACGUCCAGGUCUCCGGCUCGCCCCUCAGCGUGACCCCGCGGAGCGCCCCCUCGACCCACGGGGGGCCCGUGCCCCUGCACCCCCACCACACGCUGGCCCUGAGCGGGCAGAUGCUGGUGCAGUACGCCGACGGCACCCCCAGGAAGGAGGAGGGGCUCUCCAGACCCCGGGAGCUGCUCAACGGGGAUCUGGACAAGGGCGCCCGGCGGUUUGAAUCGGGCAAACUGGGAAGUAAAGGCAACUCCACCUCCUCCUCCUCGUCCUCCUCCUCGCCCUCCCCCCACUUCCACCCGCAGAGCACCCAUCACUACGAGGCCCGGCACAUCGUCCUGCCCUCGGACUUCACCACCCAGGAUCCCUCAGGGCUACGGACCUCUCUGAUGCUGGUGCCCAACAGUCACGCGGCCGAGGACCACCACCAUCACCCCCACCACCUCCACCACCACCCCCAUCACCACGCCGCCGGGAGCCCCGACAAGCUGCCCUCCCACCCAGAGAAGGGAGGCAUCGUGCUGGGCAAGCCCGUCACCCGGGCCCCCCCCUCCUCCUCCUCCUCCUUCACGUUCCCCCCUCCGCUGAGCGUGGAGAGCCUGAAGGCGGCGGUGGGCACGCUGUCGCCCCACACCGUAAUCCAGACCACCCACAGCGCCACCGAACCCCUCUCCAUGGGCCUCCCGUCGACCCAUUUCUACCCUCAGCCGUCGAUCAUCGGCUACAUCGCCAGCGGGGGCGGCGGCGGCGGCCAGCAGCAGCCGAUGGGCUACCACACCGGCCUGGGCCAGCACCUCCUCAUCCCCGGGGCCCAGCCUGUCAUCAUCCCCGUCAGCGGGGGCGGAGUGGCCAGCCUGGAGGCAGCGGCGGCGGCAGCGGGGGGCCACACGGGGGCCGUGUCCUCCACCACCUUCCCCGGCCACACGUACGUCGCCGCCGCUAACCCCGCCCCCAAGGGCGAGCCCUUCGAGGGCGCCGCCCCGCACUUUGCUCACCCGGCGGCCGUCGUCCAGGCCCAGCUCCACCUCCCCGUGGUCCCCGCCCCCCCGGGCCUUCUGGCCACGCCUCCGGCGGCGGCCCCCCCGCCCUCGCUGCCCCCCUACUUCGUCAAGGGCUCCAUCAUCCAGCUGGCGGACGGGGAGCUGAGGCGGGUGGAGGACCUGAAGACGGAGGACUUCAUCCAGAGCGCCGAGAUCAGCAGCGAGCUGAAGAUCGACUCGUCCACCGUGGAGCGCAUCGACGGCAGCCCCACGCCCAACUUUGCCGUCGUCCAGUUCUCCGUCGGGGAACACCGCGCUCAGGUGAGUGUGGAGGUCUUAGCGGAGUACCCCUUCUUCGUGUUCGGCCAGGGCUGGUCGUCGUGCUGCCCCGACCGGACUACCCAGCUCCUGGAGCUGCCCUGCACCAAGCUGUCGGUGGGCGACGUGUGCAUCUCCCUCACCCUGCGCAACCUGAGGAACGGCUCCCUGAAGAAGGCCCAGUCCCUGGAGCUCCACGCCCAGGUCACCACGGCCGCCCGCAGCCCCGGUCACGGACAGCUCAAGGCCCUCAAGUCCGAAGCCCCUCGCGGCGGAGGUGCCGGGGGUGACGGUGGUUGGACCAGACAUAGGGGGGAGCGGGAGAACGGCGUCAGCCAGCAGAGGUCGGCGGGGAGCGGCGGGGUUCCAGUUCACUCGGAGAACGGGGAACUGAGGACCGGGGAGGAGGGGCUCCCACCCAAAGGCAAGUCGGAGGCUGGCGCCAAACCAGGGGGGCGUAAGCGGCGGUGGUCGGCCCCCGAGGGCCGCAAGGUGGAGAGGACGGAAGAGGAGCCCCCCUUGACACUCCCCAAGCCUUCCUUCAUUACCCAGGAGGUCAAGAUCUGCAUCGAAGGAAGGUCAAACAUAGGCAAGUGAAGCCUCCAGUCGCGGACUGUUCACUAACCAAUGGGUCCGGAGAAACUAACGAAAAGUCAAGGAAGAAUGCAGAAAUAAUGUUUCUUUUGAAGUUUGAUUCGAUUUUCUUUUUCGAUCUGGAAAACUGUACUGUCACCAAUUGACCCUACAUGUUAUCACCUUCAAUUGAGGCAAUGUAGUUAUAACACCGUGUAAUAUGUUUGGUGAGACACAAGCAAUCGGUCGCCAUUACUUUGGGUUCCACAAAUACUGGGCAAGGUUUUUAUUUUUGUGAUGUGUGGUCCAUGUUUUGUUGGUGUGUGUGUCUGUGGAGGGGCAUAAUUGGCAUUGCUUAAUAACUCACAGGUCAAAGAAGUGUGUUAAUGGGGUUACGGGGUAAUUCAAGUUCUUCCUGUCUGUGAUGUAACCUCCCAUGAAGCCACAGGCAGGACGUGUGGAAGAACUCUCAUUGCUGCCUGUUGCCAUGGUCGCAAUGAGUAGAUAAAUAAUGUCAACCAGACCUGAGUCCACUUAUGUAUAGAUGUACAGAGGAAUAUGAUUCAAUUACCUGAAUCUCCUUGUCAGAAAUUGAACAUCAAACAGAGCCAAAAUAGUGGGAAAGAUAUUGUUUUUUGGACGUCCCUAGGUGGAUAAAACCAGACCUGUGAUGUCAUCAAGCAGCGCCAAAGUGCCGCGAAAGAACAGAAGAGAGAGCUAGAAUUCGACAACUUCCUUUUUCCUUUUAGUUGGCUGACAGUGGAGUCCUUCAUGUUAUUCUUGAAACUUUAUUUGAAUUCAUUUUUCUUUUUUCUGUGCCUGUCAAUUUUCCCCCACUCACUUUUGAACCUCCCCUGUCUUGUCAGAUGGGAGGAUAUUAUUUGUGUUUUCGAUGUUUGUCUAAUACCGUAUCAGGGGUUAAUUAGCUAGGUUUUAGGUUAAACUAGGGUUGGGUGUGUGUUAUAAACCUACCAUACCCUAAUACAUACAUUUACAAACACUGGCUUGGCUACGUAACUAUGAGAAUUUAGGAAGAUUAUACGCAGUCCCUGAUAUUUGGUGCAAUGUUUAUGUGUUUCUUCAUUGUGACAGCGAGCAAGAGAAAGACAAAGAGAGAGAAAGCGUGGGUAAGCGAGGGGAGAAUCUUUGAAUGUCAGCUCGGAGGAAAGGGACAGGUUGUGGCACACCUGUCACUCACUAAUAUUCAUGAUGAUUAUUAUAUCAUGUUAUCAUGAUGAUUAAUGUAAUAAUAUUGAUUAUUAUUAUGCAGUACUGUACGUUUUAUUUGAUUCUAUUGUCUAUAUUUUUUCCGACUUUUGGAGAAAGUAGCGCUAAUGUGGCAACAGCACUUUGGGAAGGUGAAGGGGUCUUUUGGGGUGAGGGUGGGGGGAUGUCACUGGGCUAUGAAAGGGAUGAAUGUCACAGAUUAUAGAGUGAGUGCCAGCAAGGAAUGAGGAGGGGUGGAGGAAGAGUGAAAGAAAGAAAAGUCCGAAAAAAGAAAGAAUGUACAGAUAUGAAACGCUCUCCUCAAAGAAAGCUUCUCAAAGGCUGACAGAGGCGGAAUGGCAUUUCGUCGAGAGCUGCCUCUCUACAUCAAGGAAUUAGAAAGGAUUUCCGAACUGAAUUUGGUGGUUUCAAAUGUAGAAAAUGUGUGAGUAGGCCACGGUAGGUGUGUGGAGCAGUGUUGAGGAGACUCAGUGAUGUCGAGAACUCGAGAACAGGUUAGAAGCUCAGGCAAGCCACAGAUUGUUGAAGGGGUGUCAUUUACAUGAUGUAUGUUUGUUGUAAUGUGUUUGUAUGUGUGCGUGUUUGCUCUACGGUGUGCAUGAAUGCGGGGCUGUGUGUGUGCACAGACUCACACACGCUGUCUCACAAACACGGAAAUUCAACAUAUGGACGGAUUCGCUCACUUAAAUAUGUGCAGUAGGCUUAUGAACGAGCAAGAACUUUGAUCCAUAUUUAUAAUCACUUUUCUUGCACUACACACCUACGAUAGAAAGCAAGAAUUCAUCUUAAAGACACGAGUAGCACACAUGCUAGCGAGGUUUAAGCUCUGUGGCGUGUUUGGGUGGCGUGUGUGCGUGUGUGCGCACGCGUCGGUGUACGAGUGUUUGUAUAUUUGUAUAGGAAAACGUGUAUAUAUACUCAUGAUGAUAUUAUUACAAUGCUCAAUGUCCAGUGUUUCGACUUGGAGUUUCUACUUAAGAGAAUCUUGCAAUUUGCACAUCAGGAGGGAAGGCACCAGGUGACAUGACUUGAGGGCGUCGGGUCACAUCGAGCCCUCCCGUCUCUACAUCCCAGACACUUGAAUGGACGCCAGGCGUCCCUCCUCACCAGUACCUAGGAUGUAGGGACCAGGGAUCGGAUGUUGGAACGGGGCCUUUGAAUGCACACAGCAAGCUGAAAUCCCGUUUUAUGUAGCAGUUACCUCAACAAGUGUGCUCCGCUGAUUGCCCCCCCUCUCUCCCGCCCCCCCACCCCCACAUCCCCUCGCUCCAAAAAGCUCUGACACUCCCCAACCCUCGACUUGUCAUUUAAAUCCCCCCACGCCAUAGCUCACCUGUUUUAACUCGCUUCAAGCUGUGUAAUUGGCCAUGGUUAGCAGGGAGGGCAGCGUAAGGUCGGGUGUUGCCACAGCAGCCAGGGGCGUGGCCUCCAGCACGCACACCUGUUGAGCUCUCUGAUUGGCCACAAUUAUUAGGUGUAUGUAGGUUGGGGGAAAUGUGUCAGGAGUUGUAAGGUUUAAGAUGUCUCUAAGCAUGUUAUUUUAACACAUAUUGACAUACAUUAGAAUACAGGAUAGGAGAUAAUAUGUUAGGGACGACAGGGGGAUAUGAGGUCACCAUGGUGACGGCUGGAGUGUGAUCAAAUGGAUGGAUGGAUGGAUAGACGGAUGUGUGUUGGUGGUGGGUGAGCGAGUACACCCGUUAAAAGAUUUGAAAAUGCUUUAUUUUUUAUAAUAAAACAGGGUUUUUCAGAUCAACACCA